UGCGGCAUCAGUUUUGAAGGGUUAUGUUUUUUAAAUGCAAACUUGGGAGGUAAGAUGAGUUAAAUUUCCUCGGGUUUCAAGGUGACGCCAAGUCGCCAACACCUGAAACCUCAAAAGUUGUAUGUACAUGUGUCUGUCAACGGGUCCAUCAAAAGCCCGCUGAAAUGACUUUAGACAUUUCCGACACUAGAAACCACUCACUUGACGACUGCUCAGUCUCGCCACCAAGACCAUACGUAUAAAAACCCCGCACACAUUAUAGCAGUUAGGGUUUUAUCUUCACUCCCAUGGAUUCAUCAUCUUCAGCUUCCUCUUUACACUUGGCCAUGGCGGCUCUCGUCGGAGCCUCCUUGAUGGCCAUCUCGGCCUUCUUCAUUCACAAGCGCAGUGUCGACCAAGUCCUUGAUCGUCUCAUCGAGAUCCGCCGCGAACUCCCUCAAAACCGCGACGGCCAUUUCUACGAAGAAGAAAACGAAGAAGAAGAGUAUAGCGAGGGAGGAUAUGAUUCUGAUGGAGAUGGGAUGACAAGACAGCAGAAUCGUGAGUCGAGGUCGUUGGAGGACAGCAUGCUUCGACGUUAUAAGAAUACCAUGUCUUCUUCGUUGCCAAAUGUGUCUGUGAGAAAUGAUUGGUUAGAAGAAGAUGCUAAGUUUGAUGAGGCGAUUAGGGUUAGGGCACAGAAUUGCUCCGCUUCUUCGCUUGAUAAACUCAAUUUCAUUCCCUCUGGACUUCCGCCCCUGCAAACAUCACAUAGACUUGGGGAGGAUCAGCCUUUUAAUCGCGGUGGUUCCAGUGCAAGGCUGGCAUCUGUUGGCAUUCUACGGACUCCGAGAUCUCCCGGAGGCAGUGGCUUUGAAAAUGCUGAGGAUUCUGAGGAUGACGGUACAGAGCUUGCAAAUGAAGAUGAUAUGGAUUACAGCUAUGAGGACAUUGAUUCUUCUGCUAAUUUUAUGAAUGAUGUUGAUUCUAAAAUUCAAAAUUCUUCUGCUGUUCCAUUCAGAACUGAUCUUGUGAACUUUGUUCAAGAUCAAAAUUGUCGAGCUAGUAUAAAUGUAGUGAAACCUGGUAUCGAUGUGCAUGGCAGGGGAAAGGUAGAUACGGCUUCAGCACAGAUAACAGGGCAUGAUACUACUUUGCCCAAUGUAAUAUUGCCUCUGAGAACUACAUUGCAUGAGUCAACAACCAUAGAAGAUGAGGAAGUGCGGAAAAUGCUUCAAGAGUGUUUGGAUCUGCGAAAAAGUUAUGUUUAUACUGAAGAAGUUGCUCCAUGGUUGAAGGAAGCUGUCCCUGAACCUUAUGCAUCAGAAGUGAAGAUUGAUCCAUUUCACUUUGAACCUGUUGAAGCAAGUACACAUCACUUUAGGAUGGAGGAUGGAGUCGUACACGUUUAUGCAAGUGAAAAUGAUACUGUAGAUCUUUUUCCUGUCGCAAAUUCAACCACUUUUUUUACUGAUAUGCAUCACAUUCUGAGAAUUAUGUCUAUUGGAAAUGUUCGCUCUGCAUGCCACCACAGGCUACGGUUUCUCGAGGAGAAAUUCCGGCUCCAUUUGUUAGUAAAGGCAGAUAAGGAAUUUUUGGCUCAGAAGGGUGCCCCUCAUCGUGAUUUCUAUAACAUCCGAAAGGUGGAUACACAUGUGCAUCAUUCUGCUUGUAUGAACCAGAAGCAUCUUCUGCGUUUCAUCAAGUCAAAACUGAGAAAAGAACCUGAUGAGGUUGUUAUAUUUAGAGAUGGAAAGUACAUGACACUUAAGGAAGUAUUUGAGAGUUUGGACUUGAGUGGGUAUGAUUUGAAUGUGGAUUUGUUGGAUGUUCAUGCUGAUAAGAGUACCUUCCAUCGAUUUGACAAAUUCAAUCUCAAAUACAAUCCUUGUGGGCAAAGCAGACUUAGAGAGAUCUUCUUAAAGCAAGACAAUCUUAUCCAAG